AUGGAUACGGUUGUCGCUACAGUUAGUGGCUACCAUGGGGCAGAGAAAUUUAAUAUUAUUAAAUUAAUUUGUCAAUCCGGUGCUGGUUAUGUUGGUUCUUUGAAUCCUUCCAUUUCUCACUUGGUGUGUUGUAAAUUUGAAGGAAAGAAAUAUGAAUUUGCUAGGAAGUUUAAUAUAAUUGUGGUAAAUCAUCGAUGGAUCGAGGAUUGUGUUAAACAAGGGAGGCGUGUCUCGGAAAGACCGUAUAUGAAAAAAUGUGGGUGUGUCAAGGGACCUUUUGGUUUGGAGAUUCCGGGAGCUGCUGCUGUUUCUUCUAAAACAACAGUGAUUGAUGUAGAGUCUGGUAAUUAUGAUGAUGAUAAUGAUGGUGAUGAAUUGUGGACGGAUUCCGUGUUGGUGAAAGAGUUACGCCUUUCUGAUGCGAGAAAAAAUGAGGACCGUUCUGAUAGAUCAAAGAGAAAACUCAAGAAAAGAAGCUCGAAGCAGGAUGGCUUGUUCACAAACGAUAAUGAUUUACCCGAGUCUCCUUCAUAUGUCUUGAGAAGAAUAGAGAACCCCCUUUCUGAGGCCAGGCAAAAUAAGGAAAGUUCUAAUAGAGCAAAGAUAAAACUCAAUGAGGGAAGCGCUAGGCAGGAUGUCUCGCUCGCAAAUAAAUAUGAUUUACCCGAGUCUCCUUCAUUUGGCUUGAGAAGAAUAGAGGACUCAAGUUUUUUUUGCCCAACACAACGAGUGAAUAGAACAAAGGAAACCACUGCCGUAUGUGAAUCCUCCAAAGGAAAUCAUAGGCUGAUGCGUAAGAAUAUACGUGACAAGUUAAAGUCUUCUUCAGAUUCUGAAGAAGACUUUCAGCAUACAGAAAUUCACCGCAAAGAUGUUGAAAUUGGUGAACCUUCAAAGUAUUCUGGGAGGCAUGAAACCAGGAGAUCUUAUGAAACUAGACAUUAUCAUCCAAAACGAAGAACUUUAAUCUUGGAGGAUUCUGAAAAUGUUGAAGAUUUGGAUAGAACAAAGGAAACCACUGCCAUAUGUGAAUCCUCUAAAGGAAAUCAUAGGCUGAUGCGUAAGAAUAUGCGUGACAAGUUAAAGACUUCUUCAGAUUCUGAAAAAGACUUUCAGCAUAUAGAAAUUCACUGCAAAGAUGUUGAAAUUGGCGAACCUUCGAAGUAUUCUGGGAGGCAUGAAACCAGGAGAUCUUAUGAAACUAGACAUGAUCAUCCAAAAAGAAGAACUUUAAUCUUGGAGGAUUCUGAAAAUGUUGAAGAUUUGGAUAGUUCUAAUCUUCAUGAUCAACCAAAAAGGAGAAAUCUGAUCUUGGAGGAUUCUGAAAAUAUUGAAGAUUUGGGUACUAUUAAUCUUCAAGAUCCUGAAUGCAAUGAAGAUGAUUCUCACAUAAGGGAAAAGGACCCCACAUUGUCCACACAAGUGCCCCUAUCAUGUGUUAUUUGCUGGACAGAGUUUAGCUCAACUAGAGGCGUUUUGCCAUGUGGGCAUCGCUUUUGUUUUUCAUGCAUACAGAAUUGGGCAGAUCAUAUGGCUUCAAUAAAAAGGGUUUCUACAUGUCCCUUGUGCAAGGCCAGUUUUUGUAGCAUACGAAAGAUGGAGGAUGCCGUAUCUUCUGAUCAGAAAAUAUACUCUCAAACACUUCCGCACAAUCAUGCAGCUAUGGAUGUAUACAUUCUUCCUUAUGGCCAAGCCCCCACACAUCAGAUGAUGCCACCACCAGGACCAGUUUGCUACCACUGCUUCUUGUGUGAGCCCGCAGAAUUGCUAAUAAGAUGUUACAGUUGUGAUCUCAGCUGUGUUCAUUCCUAUUGCUUGGAUCCUCCACAAAAUCCAUGGAUAUGUGUCCAGUGCAAGGAUCUCCGUAUGCGGUAUGUCCAUUGAAAUUUAAGAACAUUUUAACUGUUAUUAGAUAUAGACAGGUCAGCACACAUUGGUUUCAUUUAAUUUUCUUCCAAUCUCUCUUUGGAUCUAGUAAUAUUACUCUGUAAGCCAAGCCAUAAACGAUUUCAGUUUUAGAGUAUGGUCAUUUCAAAGCUGCCUACUUCAAUUUUGUUAGAUAUCACUAUUGAAAUGAGUCCCUCGAGCACUGUUGGAUGCUUUUCAACCCAUCAUGUAGAUGGGCUCUUGAAAAGCGGUUUAAGCUAACUGUUGGCUUGUGUCUUGCAAAGCUUCAAAAGCUCGACCUAGUUCAAUCUAUGGCGUCUUGAGUUGUUUGUCUCUCUAGUUGUAGCAUUGCUUAUCUGAAAUUUAUAUUUGCUUGAUAUGCCAUG